AUGCAGUUCCUGCCAGAGUUACUCAUGUUUGCCCUCAGCAGCGUGGCCGGACUUCCGACAGCUACGCAAUCGUCUGCUCCGGCUGCAACGGGUGUGCAAGCCCUGCGAAUAUUUCAUGAAGUCACCACACGCACGAUCUCAAAAGUUGAAUGUACUCCCAGCCCCAAAGAUCCUGAUUGCAAGCCAAUCAAGCAAGACAAGCCAAUCAAGCAAGACAAGCCAAUCAAGCAAGACAAGCCAAUUAAGCCGGUCAAACCGAUCAAGCCUACCAAGCCCGUUCAUGACCUCAUUUGGAAGCAGAAGGAUCGAAACAUUUUGCAGCACAAAGUCAAGCCCCCUCAAACCCAGAUCCAGAAUGCCCAUCCGCCUACAAAUCAAGUGACAACACAGUUGUUGAAAUCGCCUUCUAGUGCUUCAUCGCAUGGAAGCUCCAAUGCGGCGGCGGAGAGUGACGCUGCAUUAUUUCUCAAGCUGCAUAACGACAAACGCGCUUUACAUAUCAAUACAAGUGCUGUAACUUGGAGUACAGAACUUGCCGAAAUGGCCUCGAAGCACGCCCAAGCAUGUAUCUUUGAGCACCUCCAGCCCAACCAGUAUGCCGAGAACAUCGCGUUCAGAGAAGCAACCAUCAGCGAUGCAAUCGACGAUUGGUACAAUGAGAUCAAGCAAUUCAAUUUUCAGAAGCAAAGAUUCGAUGAGGAAACAGGGCACUUUUCCAAUAUGAUCAGAACCGGCUUGAAGACCAUUGGCUGCGUUCAACAUUUCUGCUCUGAUAUGAAAAUUGAGGGCAAGUCUGACCAAGGAAGGUUCUAUGUUUGCGAGUAUGAUGGGGAUAGCUCUGACCUGCUUGUACAACCUUUGAUCCAGCGCUCGUAA